GCAAGAUGGCCGACGCGGCGGCCACUGCCGGGGCUGGCGGCUCCGGAACGAGGUCAGGAAGUAAACAGUCCACUAACCCUGCUGACAACUACCAUCUGGCCCGGAGGCGAACCCUGCAGGUGGUUGUGAGCUCCCUGCUGACAGAGGCAGGGUUUGAGAGUGCUGAGAAAGCAUCUGUGGAAACACUGACAGAGAUGCUGCAGAGCUACAUUUCAGAAAUUGGGAGGAGUGCCAAGUCUUACUGUGAGCACACAGCCAGGACCCAGCCCACACUGUCAGAUAUUGUGGUCACCCUCGUUGAGAUGGGUUUCAAUGUGGACACUCUCCCUGCUUAUGCAAAACGGUCUCAGAGGAUGGUCAUCACCGCCCCUCCAGUGACCAAUCAGCCGGUGACCCCCAAGGCCCUCACUGCAGGACAGAACCGACCCCACCCGCCACACAUCCCCAGCCAUUUUCCAGAGUUCCCCGACCCCCACACCUACAUCAAAACUCCGACGUACCGUGAGCCCGUGUCAGACUAUCAGGUCCUGCGGGAGAAGGCUGCGUCCCAGAGACGAGACGUGGAGCGGGCACUCACCCGUUUUAUGGCCAAGACCGGCGAGACCCAGAGUCUUUUCAAAGAUGAUGUCAGCACGUUUCCAUUGAUCGCUGCCAGGCCUUUCACCAUCCCCUACCUGACGGCUCUACUUCCAUCUGAGCUGGAGAUGCAGCAAAUGGAGGAGACGGAUUCUUCGGAGCAGGACGAGCAGACAGACACAGAGAACCUCCCCCUCCACAUCAGCACGGAUGAUUCUGGAGCCGAGAAGGAGAACACCUCUGUCCUGCAGCAGAACCCCUCCUUGUCGGGGAGCCGGAACGGGGAGGAGAACAUCAUCGAUAACCCCUAUCUGCGGCCUGUGAAGAAACCCAAGAUCCGCAGGAAGAAGUCCCUCUCGUGAGCUGAGAAGGAAGCCUGCCUUGUACAGAGACGCGGAUGCCACCCUCCUGGGGGAGUUAGAGCCACCCAAGGGAAGAAGAGGGUGGCUGCCUCGGGGUCGAGCCCAGGCUGUGGGGUGUGACCGGGCAUGAUUUUAAUAGCAAACUGUCUAUUGAGGUUACCUCUUUUCACUGGAUGUUUGGGUUGAUGAAGAUACAAUGGCAACAAUGAGGUUUUUUUAAUCAACUGGGCCAUACCGUGGGGCACAGGAACAGCCAGUGACUUCAUUUAUGAUCAUGGAACUUGACUGCUUGAAACCUGGGAGACCAGGAAAGGUGGCAGGAAGAAAGGGCUCUUUGCCUGCUUUGCUCACGGCCAGAAAGACAGUUUGCUCAGUUUGUAUUUCAGGACACCUGGAUCCCCCUUAUUGGCUGACAAUUUGUGGCAGAAUGUAUCGUCCUAGAACCUCCUUCUUACUUCUCUCCUCACCCGGGCUCUAAGUGCCCUGUUGAGCUAAUCAAAGGGGACUUGCGCUCCUUGAACACAUUAGAAACAGGAGGCCCACCCAAUGCAGCCUCUCUCUGGGGCUGGCAGAAGUCAGGAGGCUUGAGCAGAUGCACUCGUGUGGAGGAGAAUGAAAGGCAGCACUGACUCUCAUCAGUAUCUGAUGAGGAAAGCUCCCUAAGGCAGGGUCGUGCCCUCUCCUGAGAGGUUGAUCAUUUACCGUCCUGCUGUGGAGCAGGUGCUUGGGAACAACCAAGUCCUGCCCCGUCCUGGGAAAAGAGGUUUGCUUUGACAAGAGCCUACAUCAGUGGAUAUAUUAUGCUGUGAUUUGAUCAAGGAAUCACUGAUUUUAUACAAUAGGAAAGGGAUUUGAUGGGGGUGGGAGGUAGCGGGGAUGAGAUUUUGAAGGCUGGCCUUGGCCUUGUGUUCUGAAAGCUAAGAAUCCUGGCCCGUCUGCUGGAGGCUGGUGUGGAUGGAAGUCCAUGUGCCCACCUUACAGCGGAAGUGGGCUGAGAAGAGGCCUGCACGUAUGAAUCCGUCCAACCUCUUUGCCUCUUUAUCCUUGAUGUGCCCUACAAACCAAAAAAGGAAGAUGCUGGGCAAGUGAUACCUUUUGGCUGGUCUCCAAAGGAAGAGGUUUUAAAACCAAGUCGGAGGAAGAGAAACGCCAGUGACACCUGGAAGUUAACACAAGGUAAAUGAGAUCCUGGGUUAGUGUCCUAAGGUCAGUAUUGAGCUCUCCCGAUGCUCAGCCUCCACAGUCAUCUCUUAAUCUUCCAACCUUUUGAUGAAUUUGAAAACUCGAAAAACCCAGUGACUUGACAGCAGGCUCCAUGUUCCUCUGGCCUCACUAUUCUCUAAGCAUUUCACCCCAUUGGCUGGAAGGAAAGCACUGCUCAUCAGUAACUGAAGAGAGGAUGCUGAGUAAGAAAAUCAGAUGCCCCAAAUAAGAGUUUUUCUGGUUUGCAGUGACCUGAAGCUCUUCCAGUUGAAGGUAGUCAGACGGAGCCUGUGCUGACCGCCUCCGAGUUUGUCAUUCAGCUCUCUCCUGGCUUGCUGUUCUCACCCGCUUCUGGGAGUGGUCAUCCCAGCAGUUCCACCUGUUACCAUCCCAAACAAGCACCUGUUAUAAGGCAUGAGGUGGGAUUUGGAAAAGAAUUGCCUUUUCUGCUGUUGAGAUUUCAGAGGCCGUGCUGCUGUAAUUCUGUUCUGAGACACUGGGAGAUGGUCGGACACCCUGAAACAUUGACCCGACUGUUGUGUAAAAACUGUGCGUAAUCCUCAAUGUAUAUUUAUAACUUUUUAUUUUUUAUAACUUUGGGGGAAUCAUGGAGGGAAAAAGUAGUCAAAGUCCGAUUAAGCAUGUGAUUUAUGAGCUCUCAAUCAAAGGUCAUAAUAAAAACUUUGUAAAUGAAACAGAACUAUAAGCUUUGAAGUUAAUUUGUAUGCAAAAGUUACAGCAGUUAGUAAGGCUGUAUACAAAUAAGGGUUAGCCCUCCUGUUGGACAAAGUACCCUUUUAAAACUGUCUAAAACUUUUUAUUUGGAAAAUCUUUAAACACAAAACUAGAGAGGGAGGUAUAUAUACUUUCCCUAUGUAUUCUUCACCCAACUUCAACAGUUAUCAACAUCUUUUCAAUUCUGUUUCAUCUAUUUCUUCUUUUUUUCUUUUAUUUUUUAUUCCUAGAGUAUAUUUUAAAACAAAUCUAAGAGCUAUGUCAUGUAAUCUGUAAAUAUGUUGCUGUGCAUCUCUGAUAGACUUUUUAAAAUUUUGUCAAGGUAAUUAUAUAUUGAGAGAAUAUUGCAAAAAAAAACCAAAAAAAUGUUCAGGGAGGUCCCAUGUAUCCUUCACCCAGUUCCUUCCUUGGUAGCAUCUCGAAUAACUGUACUAUAGUGUCAAAGGCAGGAAAAGGACAGUGAUACAAUCCACAGAGCUUAUUCAGAUUUCACCAUUUCAUGUGUGUGUGUGUGUGUGUGGUUCUAUGCAAUUUCAUCAUGUGUAGAUUCACAAUCAAGAUAUAGAACAUUGCGGGGGGGAUAAAUUGGGAGAUUGGGAUUGACAUGUACACACUACUAUAUAUAGAAUAGGUAACUAGUAAGGACCUACUGUAUAGCACGGGAAACUCUACUCAAUACACUGUAAUGACCUAUAUGGGAAAAAAAAUCUAAAAAAGAGUGGGUAUAUAUAUAUAUAUAUAACUGAUUCCUUUGCUGUACAGCAGAAACUAACAUAACAUUGUAAAUCAGCUAUACUCCAAUUUAAAAAAAAAAUAGAACAUUUCCAUAACCACAAGGUUCCUUCAUGCUGUCUCCUCAUAACCACGUCCACCCCUCACGUCUUCCUUAUCCCUGCCCCCAGCCACUGCUGUGUUCUCCAUCUCUAUAAUUUUAUUUAAAGAAUAUUAUGUAAAUGGAAUCAUAAGGUUUGUAACCUUUUGGAGUUGGCUUUUUUUCACUCAGCGUGAGUGAGAGCCAUCCGGGUGGCUGUGUGUGUCAGUAGUCCCUUUCUUUUUAUUUCUGAGUAGUGUCCCGGGGUUGGAUGUACCACCUCUGUUUAACCAUUCACACAAGGAGGGACAUCUAAGCUGUUUCCAGUUUGGGGCUCUCGUGAAUAAAGCAGCUAUGGACAUUUGUGUAUAGGUUUUUAUGUAAUCAUACAUUUUCAUUUCUCUGCAAUAAAUGCCCAAGAAUGCAACUGCUGGGUCCUAUGGUAACUGUAUGUUUCAUUUUAAAAGAAACAAACUCUUUUCUAGAGUAUUUGUACCAUUUUGCCUUCAUACUGGCAAUGUAUGAGUAAGCCAGUUUCUCCACAUCCCCACCAGUAUCGGGUGUUAACAUUUUUCAAAAACUUUUAGCCAUUCUGAUAGGUGUACGGUAACACUCAUUGUGAUCUUAAUUUGCAUUUCCCUGAUGGCUAGAUGUUGAACAUCUUUUCAUGUGCUUUUUUGCUGUCUCUAUAUCCUCUUUGGUUAAUUAUUCACUUAAGUCUUUUAUCCAUUUUCUAACUGGAUUGCUUCUUUGUUUUUAGGUUUCUUUAUAUAUUCUAGAUACAAGAACUUUGUCAGAUGUGUGGUUUGCAAAUACUUUCUCCCACUCUGUAGCUGGUCUUUGCAUUCUCUUCACAGAGAUCUUUUGCAGAGCAAAAGUUGCUAAUUUUGAUGAAAUCCAACGUAUUGAUUCUUUCUUGUAUGGACUGUGUUUUUGGUGACAGGCCUAAAAGCUCUUCAUUGAGCCGUAGGUCCUGAAGAUCUCUUUCUGUAUUUUUUCUAAUAUUUUUAUAGAUGUAUGUUUGUUUUAUGUUUUAGGCCUUGAUCAAUUUUGAGUAAUUUUUUAAGGGUUUUUUUUUUUUUUUUCUUUUUUUCUUUUUUUUUUUGCCAAGCUGCUUGUGGGAUCUUAGUUCCCUGACCAGGGAUUGAAGCCAGGUCCCUGCAGUGGAAGCAUGGAGUCCUGCACCACCAGGGUAUUUCCUUGAGCAAAUUUUUUUACAAGGUUGGGGUUUAGGUUGAGUUCACUGUUUUGCCUGAGGAUGUGUCCAACUGAUCCAGUAUCCUUUGUUGAAAAGUUACCCUUCUUCCACUGAAUGAUGUGUGUACCUUUGUCAAAAAUUAGGUUUUUGUAUGGGGGCCAUAUUUGUGUGGGUUGAUUAAGACCUUUUUUUUUUAAACACAAUCACCAUAUUAAUAUCACACUUAAAAAAUGAAGAGUGAUUUUAUAGUAUCCCCUAGUAUCCAGUUUAUAUUCAGAUUUUUCCAGUUGUCUCAAAGAUGUUUUUAUUUUAUUUUUUUUAAUAGUUGGCUGGUUUGAAUCAGGAUCAAAAUAAGAUCCACACGUGGCACUGGGUUUUCACAUCUCCUAAGUGUACGACCGUCCCUCCCAGCUCUGGCCUGGGAGUGAGGGUGCUUGGCCGGCCCCUUUCCUUUGUUUCUGAUUGCAAGGCUGUUAAAAGGUGACCAGUGACGUUCACUGAGAAACUCGUAACAAAGUAGGGGGACGGGGAGACAAGCGUAAAAGGACCUGGCCUUCCUGAGCUUUGUUUUUCUGGAAUCCUGAAGUCGCUCAACUUAGAGGCAUGUGGUUCAAUAAAACAAGACUCAGUGACACUUGUAUGUAUGGCCCCACGGCAACCUACCGGCUGUGAGAGUGAGGGCAAAUCCCUAAACAUCCAAGCCAGUUUCCUUAACAUGGGUAAUGAUACCUCAUCAGGAGGAUUUAAUGAGAACAUCUGUACCUGUGCUUUAUUAAUGACCAUGUUAUUCCAUUGCCAGACGUAUCUUUUUUCUUUUCUGUUGCCUUUAAAAUUAUGUACAAGCUAAUGAUAACGGAGGACCUGACCCUUGCCAGUCACUAUUCUAAGUGUCUUACACAUAUUGACUCAUUUCGUCUUCACAAUUACCUCAAAUGUAGAUGUUCUUCCUGUCCCCACUUGCAGUUGAGCACCUGGAGACCCAGGAGCUCAGAAACACCUCAGUCCGCUUGGCUGCUGAGAAGCAGAGCUGUGGUCCUGCCCCCAGGCGUCCUGCUCAAGUCCGUGCUUUUUACUUUGCACGCUUUUGCUUCAAGACGACGUGAUUUUGUUCCUCAAAGGCACUGACACUAGUGUGCAGAGUGGCUCCCACCGCGCACCCACGUGGUCCCUGGCCCGCGAGUGGGCAGGGAGAAGGGAACUAGAAAUGGAACCCGUUACGGGUUACGGAGAGAGUGAUGGUGAGGCUGCCAAUCCCUGUUACUCCUUCCUUGAUGGCGUAGGUGAGGGACAGACGUUUUCACGAAGGGUUUUGUGUGGUUUAUGAAUGAUGGUCUGUAACAGACGGGUAAGGAGACGGAGGUUUCCUGGUGCUUGGAGAGUGUGGGUCUUGUCAAGGGAAAUGCCAGUGACCCCUGUGUCAUUGCCCCUUGGGGCCCGUGGCAGAGAUGGGCUGGAACAACUUUUGGUCUGAUCUAAAGUGACGUUCCUACCGGAUUAAAUGGUGUGUUCCAACACGAGUUAGGCUGCUCUAACAAAAAGUACCCCAAACAUAGUAGCUUAAGACGGAACUAAAUGCCUUCCAUGAGAGCCUGGGUAGGUGGUCCAGGCUCGCUUGGUGGCCUGAGGAUGUCCAGGCUCCUUCUGUCUCAUGGCUCCUCCAUCACCUCGGGUGAUGCUUGCAUCCAUGUGCUGGAGGAUGAAUUCCACCCCUUCCGCUGGGUCCGCACUCCUGUUGGGGGCGGGGGGGAGGUGUGUGUAAAGGGAGCUGGAAGCCCACAGGCUGCCCCUCCCAGUCACAUGGCCCCACUUAGCUACAAGGCAAGCGAGGAGAUCCGGCUCUGUGUCUAGGUCAAAUGCGGGGGCCUUGUCAGCAAGCAAAGAAGGACAGAAUGGAUUUGGGGGACAACUGGCAACCUCUGACACAAAUAAGGUGUAGGAUGUGUGCCCAGGAAGGCCUUGGUGGGACAGGCAGCAAACCCUUUUCAAACACUGGCUGCACCUGCCUUGGCACCCUCAGCUCCCCCAGCCGGUCCAGAGGCCAGCAGUCAGGUGCUCCUUCAGGACAGGGUCCUCGGUGACCUCCAGCCUGUCCUUGGCUUCUGCCGUGUGACCUGCUGGCUGCCCCUUCCUUCUUCAGGGUUGUUCCGUUGGCUCCCAUGACGUUGCUCCCAUUUCCUGAUUAUUCUGCCUCUUGGCCUUCCUUUUCUUUGCUGGCUCUUCCAGCCCCCCGACCGGCUGGCUGUGGGUGAUCCCAGACGGUCCUCUGCUUACACAGAAGAUGGCUCAUCUGCCUUUCCCCUCCAGCUGUCACCUCCCUGGGAGUCCUCGGCACCUGUCUGUCUGCAGCUUGCUGAGCUGUCUGGUAGUGCCUUCAAAGCAUCAUGGUAGAUUGGAUUUGAUUCACUUUCCCCCACAGACCACUUCCACUCCCCAGCUUUCCCACUUAGGACGGAGGUUAGAAACAAUGAGGCCAGUAGCAGCCAGCCCUUGAGUACUUACCUUGGGCUGGGACCAUAGGCUUUAUAGCAUCAUGUCAUCCUCCAAACAGUCUGGACUCCUCAUUCUACAUCUGCUUCUGAUCACUCACCAAAAUCUACCACCUCUUCCUUCCUUGCCGGUCUGAGGCUGUGGCAGCCUCCCCAGGCCUGUGUUCCCUGCCAGGCUCAUCUUCCUAUAAACUCCACCUUUGUCCUCUGCACCCCCCUCCUCCCCCGAACGAGGACUUGUAGCGCAUCCUACGGCGAUCCACGUGACUUCCAAACUGUCCAACCCGGCUUUCCAGGUCCUCUGCCAAUGCACUGUUUCUUUUGGAAAACUCACAUAGCUUUCGUUUAUCUGACAAGUUCAGAUCUAGUGCCUUCUGUGUAUGUCAGGCACUGUGUCAGGCUAUAAGGAUACCAUCGUGAACAAGACAGACGUGGCCCCAGGGAAUCCAUUCUAGUGGGAAGACAUACAAAGAAAACAAAACCAAAAUCACCACCGACUGUGAAGUGCUAGGAAGGACAUAAACAGAGGCUUUUAUGCCUUGAGGGGAGGCGGCAUCCUCGUCACUGCUGCCUCCUGUGCCUUCAUCUGUGCCCUUCCGCCCCAUCACCCCCUAAAAUCUUGCCUGUCCUUCCAGCCUCUAUAUCCUCUCUCCUGAUGACAUGAAUCCUUCCCUUCUUCAUUCACUCACUCUACAAAUUUUAUUGAGCUACUGUGUGCAGGUGCCAAAUCAGACAUUGGGAUGCAGCAGAGGAUA